AUGUCCGCAAGAAUUGUAACUUCAUCCAUUACUACAACUACUCAAGCUUCAAUACAAAUUAUCACCAAUGAAAUGACCUAUUAUGGACCAAUCUUUCUUUUAGUGAUUGGUAUUAUUGGUUGUCUAUGUAAUUUUAUUACAUUUACAGCACCACAAUUACGUAAGAAUUCAUGUGCUUUUUAUUUUCUUAUGUCAACUGUAUUCGAAUUAUUAUCUAUUACUUUUGGACCUAUUUCUCGACUUGUUGCUGAUCAUUUUGGUAGCAAAUUAAUUCAUACAAGUCGUGUCUAUUGUAAAUCUCGUGCUUAUUUAGUUUCAGUACUUCCAUUAAUAGCUACUUAUUUGGUAUUAUUAUCAUCAAUCGAUCGAUUUUUAUCAUCAUCAGUUAGUGCUCGUCUUCGUUCAUUCAGUCAAAUGAAAAUAGCUUAUCGUGCAACUAUAGGAGCUAUUACAAUAGGUUUUCUAUCAUGUAUUCAUAUUCUAGUUGGAUAUAAUCUUCGACCACGAUGCAAUGCUUUAGCUGGUAGUUUUGCAAUGUUUGAUGGUAUGUUUGUAGUGUUUUGGCUUGGUGUUAUUCCUCAUUUAUUGAUGUUGACUUUUGGUUUUCUUACUUAUAUGAAUAUUCGACGAACAAAAAAACGCGUGGCAGUUAAACAACCACAAAAUACAGUUGCUCUAACUCAACAACAACGACGUCAACAAAAAACUGAUGCACAAUUAAUCGUGGUGAGUAAUAGAUCAAAAAGCAAAAAACAAACUUUGAUAUAA